AUGCUAAAGAAGUUGGACAAAAUAAGGUUCAGAGGUCACAAGAGAGAUGAGUUCCUUGAUUUAGCAGAGUCUCCAAAUGCUUCAGAUACUGAAUGUGGAGAUGAAAUCCCGGUGAAAAUACCUCGAACGUCAACUCGAGACAAUGAAGAGCUAAGAGACCCUGCUGGUCCAGGGACCGUCAUCAUGGCUUCAGGAGUCCAGGAUUUUAACAGAACGGAGUCUGACAGACUGAAUGAGAUCAAAGGUCACCUGGAAAUAGCCUUACUGGAAAAACACUUUUUACAGGAGGAGCUCAGGAAACUGAGGGAAGAAACAAAUGCUGAAACGUUAAGGCAGGAGCUAGAAAAGGAACGUCAAAGGAGAUUAGAACUUGAACAAAAAGUCAAUGAAGUACUUAAAGCAAGGACGGAAGAGGUGCCUGCAGCUCAGCAAACUGCAAAGCCACAGAUGCAAGCCAAUGGAACAGAUAAGCGUAGCAACACAGUCUGUUCACGACUCCAGAAGUGGUUUUUUGACAAAUUUGGGGAGUAUGUUGAAGACUUCAGAUUUCAGCCAGAAGAGAAUACAGUGGAAACAGAAGAGCCACUUAGUGCUAGAAGGUUGACUGAAAAUAUGAGAAGAUUAAAGAGAGGUGCCAAACCUGUUACUAAUUUUGUGAAGAAUCUUUCUGCCUUAUCAGACUGGUAUUCUAUCUACACUUCUGCUAUUGCCUUUAUUAUUUACAUGAAUGCUGUAUGGCAUGGCUGGGCCAUUCCUAUGUUCUUAUUUUUAGCAAUUUUGAGGUUGUCCCUAAAUUACCUCAUAGCCAGGGGUUGGAGAAUACAGUGGAGCAUUGUGCCUGAAGUUUCUGAACCCAUGGAACCCCCAAAAGAGGACCUGACAGUGUCUGAAAAAUUUCAGCUUGUUCUAGAUGUGGCUCAGAAGGCACAGAACCUAUUUGGGAAGAUGGCAGACAUACUGGAAAAAAUUAAAAACUUGUUCAUGUGGGUCCAGCCAGAAAUAACACAGAAGCUUUACAUUACUCUAUGGGCAGCUUUUAUUGCAUCCUGCUUUCUGCCCUACAGGAUUAUUGGGCUCGGAAUGGGACUCUAUGCUGGAAUCAAGUUUUUCCUUAUUGACUUUAUCUUCAAACGAUGCCCCAGACUAAGAGCUAAGUAUGAUACUCCUUAUAUCAUCUGGACAAGUCUCCCAACAGAUCCUCAGCUUAAAGAAAGGUCUAAUGCUACAGUGUCGAGACGGCUUCAAACAGCAGCAUCCAGAAGUUAUGUGGGCUCAAGUGCCCCAACUGGAAUAAGCAAAGAUGAAGAUACCAGUCGUUUUCAUACCACCAAGAGGGGGAAUUUCCAUGAAGUUUUUAACCUGUCAGAAAAUGAGCGUCCUUUGGCAGUGUGUGAAAAUGGCUGGCGCUGUUGCUUGAUUAACAGAGAUAGGAAGAUGCCUACAGACUACAUCAGGAAUGGAGUUCUUUAUGUCACAGAAAACUACUUGUGCUUUGAAAGCUCCAAAUCCGGCUCAUCUAAAAGAAAUAAAGUCAUAAAGCUAACGGAUAUAACAGAUAUUCAAAAGUAUAAAGUGCUCUCUGUUCUCCCGGGAUCAGGGAUGGGUAUUGCUGUAUCAACACCUUCUACACAAAAACCUUUGGUGUUUGGUGCCAUGGUACACAGAGAUGAAGCCUUUGAGACAAUAUUCAACCAAUAUGUGAAAAUAACCUCUGCAUCAUCAAGCAGUGAGAGCUAGUAUCUUACCUUAGAAGAUCUAAAGGAAACUUUCUUCUUUUAUGACUUGGUAGUGAAAAA